AUGUCAGAAUCUAAAAAUGAAUCCGAAUAUGAUAGGGUGCAAGAAGAGCGUCUACCAACUCUGUACGAGGUCUUAUUGAGGAAAUCAACCGCACCUUUAGAUUCGUGGGAAUUUUACACGUAUCUUUCACAAUUCCCAUAUGCGAUCGAUUACUUAGAUUUUUGGAUUGAUCUCAUGGCACACAUAAGGCUUUGUAAAGAUUACAUAAGAGGCCUGAGAGACUCCAUUCAGUGGAGCAGCAUGGCAGAUGCAGAGGACGACAGAGAUCUUGAAGGUAAAGAAGGUCAAAGAUUCUCUUUAACGUCCUCUGUUCUGCUCAAUGCAUUGCUGAAUGAAGGUUAUCUAGAUCACGAUGACAAUCACAGAAUAUCGCUGUUUUUACAGGGCAACACGGAGGAGUCGCAAUAUAUAUCGCAUUUAGUCAACACUUGGAAAGUUCAAUCAGGGUCGAAUGAAAAGGAAACCAAGGAAAGGAAGGAAACGCUUCCUUCGAUGAUCGAUUUGAUUAUCAGAAAGGAAAAUAAGGAGGGUCGUUCAAGAAUAUCUAGCAAGCAAUUGGCAAACAGCGCUAUGGGGAUAUGUAAUAUAUAUCUGAUGUCCCCAGAACAAAGUCCCAAAUACCUAAUAAACGUACCAGAUGGUCUCAAAAAGGAACUCCUGUACAAGAUUCGAACAGAACGUCGACAUGAUCCAGAAGUGUUCGAUGACCUGAAAAAGCUUGCAUAUCAAUUUUUGGAGAUCGAUUGCUUCCCCAAGUUCCUGAGCACCGUUGCCCUACACAAUAUCCACGACCAGAUUACCAAUUGGCGUUUCACAAACGAGCUUAAAAAGGAGCAGAAUGUACAUCAUUCAAUGUCCCCUUACUCAAAUUACACCGCCUUAAGCAGAAUAGCUACAGGUCUGUUUGUACUCGGUCUGGGCUUCUGGAUCGGAUACGUUUUGAUCUUUCUUCACUACAGUCGGGGAAUUCGUGUCGUCACAAUCGUUCCCUUUUUCAUUGGCUGCUAUUCAAUAGUCUGCGGCUUCUAUCAAGUGGACAUCCUUUAUGCAUUCUUUGGAUAUACACAGCUUCUAAUGGAUGACCCAAUCACUUUCUCGAAGGAAUACACAAAUGAGCCUGAAAGACGUAAAGCUCCUACUUUUUUCAGACUUCUAGGAGGCAGAUCAAGACUCAUCGUAAUACAACAUCCCUUUACAAGGCAACUUCUGUUUAAGAGAGGCAUAUGGUGCCUAUGUCUGGUCCUCAUAUUUACGGCUAUACUGACCGUGAUAUUCAGUUGUGUACCCAGCUAUAGGCUCUAG